AUGAACUACGCUCCAAACAGCAGCCCAGCCCCAGGUCUGACCGUCAAUAGCCCCACCAUGGACUCUGUGAGCUGGGUCUACUUUUCGGUGACAUUUCUUGUCAUGGUCAUCUGUGUUUUGGGGAUGGCAGGCAACAGCAUGGUGAUUUGGCUGCUGAGUUUCCGUGUGCGGAGGUCCCCCUUCUGCGUUUAUGUGCUCAACCUGGCGGUGGCCGACCUCCUCUUCCUGUUGUGCAUGGCGUCCAUGCUCAGCCUAGAAACAGGGCCCCUGCUCAUAGUCAGCACCUCUGCCAGAAUCUACGAGGGGAUGAGGAGAAUCAAGUACUUUGCCUACACGGCCAGCCUGAGCCUGCUGACGGCCAUCAGCACCCAGCGCUGCCUUUCUGUGCUUUUCCCCAUCUGGUAUAAGUGCCAUCAGCCCAAGCACCUGUCAUCGGUGGUAUGUGGUGCGCUUUGGGCACUGGCCCUGUUGCUGAACUUCCUGGCUUCUUUCUUCUGUGUUCGGUUCUGGCAUCCCGAUGAGAGCCAGUGCUUCUGGGUGGACAUGGUCUCCACAGGUCUUAUCCUGGGGAUCUUCGUGCCCAUCAUGAUCCUGUCUAGCACCAUACUCCUCAUCCGGGUACGGAAGAACACGCUGCUGCGGAGACGGCGGCCCAGGCGGCUGUUUGUGGUCAUCCUGGCUUCUGUCUUUGUGUUCCUCACCUGUUCUCUGCCCCUCGGCAUCUAUUGGUUCUUACUCUACUGGGUGGGACUGCCACAGGAUGUGCUCCUCCUGUAUAUCUGCUUGUCACGCUUCUCUUCCAGUUUGAGCAGCAGCGCCAACCCAGUCAUCUACUUCCUUGUGGGCAGCCAGAAGAGCCACCGGCUGCAGGAGUCCCUGGAUGCUGUGCUGGGGCGGGCACUUCGGGAUGAGCCUGAGCCCGAUGGCAGGGAAACACCAUCCGUGUGCACCAAUGAUGAGGUCUGA